CUGAAAGCGCGCUUGACAUUUUCUAAUCAUGUGUUUUGGUUUUUAGUAUGGGAAAUGGCAUACGAACGGCCGGUCGUUUUGCGAUCUAUCGCGCUAUUUACGUUUCAUUCGGAUCGAAUCGACGAUUUCGUGUAAAAAAAUAUUAUAAAAUAAGAAAUUCCACACAGUAAACAAAUUAAUCAAACAUAACAUCGAGCUAUUGAGAUGAUGAAAUAAGACGACGACAAUGACGACGGAAAAAAACGCUACAAAGAUUACACGCGCGACUAACAAAGAGUAAAUGAAUAUUGCGUAUGAAUAUUGAAAGUGUCCAAAUCGAAAAGAAAUUCAUUGCAUUUUUGUGUGCUACUAGUUAAACCUGAUUCGAGGUGAUACUCGUUUCGCUAUAUGCCACGACUCUAUUUCGACGCCAGUGUAAUUAAUCGGAUUAAAAAAAAUAUUGGUAAAAAAGGAGAACGGUGUAUUGAACAAAACUAGAACAAUUGAUGACGCGAACGGCUUGAUAGCCAAAACGACAAAAAAGAAGAAGAGACAUUGUAAAUGAUAUAUGCGAUAAUGCACAGACAAUUAAGGUGCACCAUUCAAUCAAAAUAGAAAAAAACGGACGGUGACGCACAUGGAAAUUGUGCAAAAGUGAGCAGUGGUGAAGAGAAAACGCGAACAUUUUUUUAUCCUAAAUACUUAGUUGUGUUUAUGCAAAGUGCAUUAAGAAAACAAUGGAAUGGUCGUGGCUAAGGGAUUGGUGGCGAUUAAAAAGACUCCGUCACUCGCAAUUGCGCCAUUCACAUGAAGACAUUUAUUACGGUCAUGACAGUGAAGAAGAAGACGACGAUGAAGAUAUUUGCUAUUGUGAUGAAUGCGUCAAUGGUGACAUUGACCUGUGCGGAGGCGAUCCCAAUGAUGGUAUCGAUUCAGAUUGCAGCGCAUCAUCAAAUUCCGGCAAACAGGUGCUGGUCGGCAUCUGUGCUAUGGCCAAGAAAGCACAAUCUAAACCGAUGACAGAGAUAUUGACACGACUCCGCGAAUUCGAUUACAUUCACAUGAUCGUUUUUGAAGAAGAAGUUAUUUUGAAGGAUCCCGUCGAAAAAUGGCCAAUUUGUGAUUGUUUAGUAUCAUUUCAUUCAAAAGGUUUCCCACUUGAAAAAGCAAUACAGUAUGCACAGCUACGCAAACCGUACGUUAUCAACAAUUUGCACAUGCAAAUCGACAUUCAAGAUCGACGAAAAGUCUAUUCGAUGCUUGAAAGUGUUGGCAUUGAAAUUCCACGUUACGCCGUACUUGAUCGUGAUUCACCCGAUCCAAAACAACACGAAUUAGUCGAAUCCGAGGAUCAUGUUGAAGUAAAUGGAAUUAUAUUUAAUAAACCUUUCGUGGAGAAACCUGUAUCAGCCGAAGAUCACAAUAUUUACAUCUAUUACCCAACGUCAGCGGGUGGUGGAAGUCAACGACUGUUCCGCAAAAUUGGCAGCCGAAGUAGUGUUUAUUCGCCAGAAUCUAGAGUACGCAAGACUGGUUCAUUUAUUUAUGAGGAUUUUAUGCCAACGGAUGGUACCGAUGUUAAAGUCUAUACGGUGGGACCCGAUUAUGCACAUGCGGAGGCUAGGAAAAGCCCAGCACUUGAUGGGAAAGUCGAACGCGAUAGUCAAGGCAAAGAAAUUAGAUACCCAGUCAUUCUGAGCAAUGCGGAAAAACUCAUUUCGCGCAAAGUGUGCAUGGCUUUUAAGCAAACUGUUUGCGGUUUUGAUUUGUUGAGAGCCAAUGGCAAAUCGUUUGUAUGUGAUGUGAAUGGAUUUAGUUUCGUUAAAAAUUCAAAUAAAUACUAUGAUGAUUGCGCCAAAAUUCUCGGCAACAUGAUUCUGCGUGAACUCACUCCAACCUUACACAUUCCAUGGUCGGUUCCAUUCCAAUUGGAUGAUCCGCCAAUCGUUCCAACGACAUUUGGCAAAAUGAUGGAAUUGAGAUGUGUCGUUGCGGUUAUUCGUCACGGUGAUCGUACACCAAAACAGAAAAUGAAAGUUGAAGUCAAACAUCCAAAAUUCUUCGAAAUAUUUGAAAAAUACGACGGUUACAAGCAUGGUCAUAUUAAAUUGAAACGACCCAAACAGCUACAGGAGAUUUUGGAUAUUGCACGAUUUUUGUUGACAGAGAUUCAAACUAAAUCAGCCGAUUCGGAAGUUGAAGAGAAGCAAGGGAAAUUAGAGCAAUUGAAAAGUGUUUUGGAAAUGUAUGGUCAUUUCUCGGGCAUAAAUCGUAAAGUACAAAUGAAGUAUCAGCCGAAAGGAAGACCGAGAGGAUCGAGUUCAGAUGAUGGUAACGGAAAUAGUACUUGUGACACCAAGGGGCCAUCACUCGUUUUAAUCCUUAAAUGGGGUGGAGAGCUAACUCCUGCGGGACGAAUCCAAGCGGAGGAACUCGGAAGAAUAUUUCGAUGUAUGUAUCCAGGUGGUCAGGGUACUUCCAGACAUGAUCAAUCUGGUACACAAGGCUUGGGGCUGCUUCGACUCCAUUCAACGUUCCGUCAUGACCUAAAAAUAUACGCAUCCGAUGAAGGUCGUGUGCAAAUGACGGCGGCCGCUUUUGCAAAAGGGUUAUUAGCUUUAGAAGGUGAAUUGACACCGAUUCUAGUACAAAUGGUUAAAAGUGCUAAUACAAACGGACUGCUGGACAAUGAUUGUGAAUCGAGUAAAGUGCAGAAUAUGGCAAAAAAUCGUUUACACGAGUUAAUGCAAGCCGAUCAUGAUUUCUCGGACGAAGAUAAAAUAGCAAUAAAUCCAACGAAUAGCAUCAGCAUCAAUCAAGCAAUAAACUUCGUGAAAAAUCCAUUUCAAUGUUGCACCCAUGUGCAUGAGCUCAUCAAAUCGUUGCUCACCAUUAUCGGGCUGAAAAAGGAUGACCCGAAAACCCGUGACGCAAUCCUUUACCAUGGCGAAACAUGGGAUUUAAUGUUAAGACGAUGGGGAAAAAUUGAAAAGGACUUUUAUUCCACCAAGAAUAAGUUUGACAUUUCAAAGAUUCCGGAUAUUUACGAUUGCAUAAAGUACGAUCUUCAGCAUAACCAACAUACACUCCAAUACGAACAAGCCGAAGAGCUGUAUUUAUAUGCCAAAUAUUUGGCCGACAUUGUGAUACCGCAAGAAUAUGGAAUCACCAUUCAAGAGAAACUGACAAUUGGAACGGGAAUUUGCACGCCACUAUUGAAAAAAGUGAAAGCCGAUCUGCAGAGGAACAUUGAAGAAGUUGGGAAUGAGAGUGUAAAUCGUUUGAAUCCACGGUAUAGCCAUGGUGUAACUAGCCCCGGGCGACAUGUUCGCACUCGACUCUACUUCACCAGCGAAAGCCACAUUCAUUCUCUGUUGACGGUGCUGCGAUCGGGUGGUUUAGUAGACGUUAUGACUGAUGAACAAUGGCGCAGAGCCAUGGAAUACAUCUCCAUCGUGUCCGAAUUGAAUUAUAUGUCACAAAUUGUUAUCAUGUUGUACGAAGAUCCAACGAAAAACGUGUUAUCAGAAGAACGCUUCCAUGUGGAAUUACACUUCAGUCCGGGUGUUAACUGUUGCGUGCAGAAGAACCUUCCUCCAGGCCCUGGCUUCCGACCACACAGCAGAAAUGAUUCAAUUGCUUCCAAAAAUACGAGUGGCGAAGAUGAUUCAGCGCCGGCUCGAAUCGAAGAGGAAAGUGACAGUCCGAUAGAUGAGCAAAAGAAAACGGUUAAUCAAAAAUCAGUAAUAUUCAACAUUGGUGAUGAAUCGACGGAUAUGCUGGAAAAUCCACCGCGAAUCGUAAGCAAGCACCGUCAUUCACGUGUUUCGAAGCCAAUUCCAAUUGGAAUGCAUCACACUGUAUGCGGAUCGGAAGCGAUCAAUCUGGCAAAACGUUUAACCGAGGAAUUGGCCUCGCAACAGGUGGCUCAAGUUGGUUCAUUAGGCAAUGCUCCGACGAUUGUAUCAGCACAAAACAGUCCCGAAGAGUUGCGAUCACGUUCACUUGAACAGGGUGAAAAAUCCAAAGUAUUCGAUCGUGAUUUUGAUCCGUACAAAGCACUGUCUCAAUCGACUCAAUUAACCGCCGCUUCGACCUAUGAGUCAGCCACGAAUGAGCUACCGCUUUCACUAAUCUCCUUUAUCAAGUGCCCUGAAUCACCCGAACCAGAACUUUUUACUAAAACCACUUUUGACCAUUACGAUUCAAAUGUAGCAUCCAACCAUGAAAUGUCACCAUCGGCUACAAAUGAACGCCCUCUAUCAUGUACAUGCUUACCAAAAUUGCUAACCGACAACGAUGAUCCCGUGCUCACUGCAACGCAAAUGAGUUCAUUUGAUGGUGACACCGAUGAAGAAUUCCAUUUCACCGAACCCGUACUAUCGGCUUCGUGUCCCCUGCCCCAUGGUCAUGGUCACUAUCCAUCCAAUGAAAGCCACAUUUUUUCAGCCGAUUUCAAAGAACGCCUUAACGACUAUCACGCUUUUCGCGAGCAAAAAAAAUCGAAGCCACCGCGCAUUUUUAUUAACGAUGCAUUGCCAAAAAUGUCCGAUUUGAAGGCAAUGCGAAAGGCUAUGCUUAGCAGCGAUGUGGCGACAACAACGGUUGAUUGCGGUGGUAGCGAUAAUAGUUUACCGAAACAUUCGGCCAUUGUUGGACCACGUGAAUUGCAACAUUACUCAAGCAAUUCGCAUGCAUUUUGCAAGCAUCAUGUGCAUAAAAAGCAAAUCGUCACAUCAUCGCCGCAAUUAUCGUCCGAUCCCACUACUUCCAAUUGUAGCCAUGCAUACACAUUAACAAAACAAUCAAAUUUAUCAACCUCUUCUAAUUCUACCGCUUCUAAUAUUGUAACGAAUGUUAAUAACACGACCAUACCUCAUCCGAAUAUCGUAAAAAUACAUAAUUCAGACGCAACACAAACGACACAAUGUUCAACGGGCCGACGGCAAAGGCACAGCAUCGGCCAGAUGGGAUUUUUUAAAAUUAUGGAUAUAGCAGGCGGUUUUGGUAGAAAAAUGGCCAGCACAAAUUCGUUGUUUAGCACGGCGGUCAUUAGCGGAAGCUCAUCGGCACCAAAUUUACAUCAAAUCAAUACGGCAUCACCAUCAGCACUCGAAGGAUUCUUUAGCGGCGUACCUCCGAUCAGGCCACUUGAAACGUUGCACAAUGCAUUGUCGCUGAAGCAAUUGGAUGCGUUUUUGGAGAAAAUGACUACAACAACCAUAUUCAAAACACCAGCCUCGUCACCGCCAAAAUAUCCAUCGACUCCAUUGCUUACACCAACGCAAACGCCGCACAAUUCCCUGACUGAAAAGACGCCUGGCCCGAUGACAUGUUGUUGGAGUGGCCAAUCGAGCAUGACAGGUAGUUUCAGUGCGAUGUCAAGUGGUGGACCGUCAAGCCCCGAAAAUAGUAUUUCAAGGAGCGAAUUGUCGGCCAGCAUCGUUAGUAGCGAGAGCGUAAAUUUGCCGUCCGUGGAUGCGCUUUCGCAAAUGUUUCCAACUUUAGACGGUGAACUUGGAUCCGUUGCGACUCACUUUCGCUUUGAUCAUUUGGUGGCAACAGCUGAAGAGUCAACUGACAUGGAAAAUGAUCUAAAGACACCGUUGCAAAGCAUAAAACAGUUCCCAAUAACAACGGCUCCAGACGAAGAAGACGAUGAUUCAACAAUCUCCACUGAAUGCUCCACCAUCCCAACUGAAACCAAACCAAUCACAAUUCAACACACGGAAGGCGUAAUAAGCACCGCCACGAAGAUGCUGGAAGAAAUAAUCAACAAAAGUUCCCCGAAACAUCGUCCCGAACCGCUUCUAGACAUCACCAAAUGCACAUUACCGCGCAGCACCAAUUUCCAAGUACCAAAACAAACGAGUAUACACGGCAGCGAAUCGACGUCAUCCGUUGGUAGUUCGAGACCAAGUUCGGGUAUGCCACAGUCAGAUUCAGUCAACCGUUUUCCUCGACGCAAUUAUGAAUAUUCACGUUUUAUGUCGGUCGAUCAGCGCUCGAUUUCUGACACCGAAGAUAAUGUUGACAUCGAAUCGGACUAUAUUAAACCGAAUGACAAUAAAACACAAUCUUGUGCGAACAUAAAAUUGUCAUGCACAUUACCACGUUCUCCCGGCGCAAUUGUCGUGAAAGAAAAAUAUAUUGAACUCCCAAAGCAGAGGGCACACAGCAUUCGAACCAGUUCAACGUCGACUAAUCAAGAAGCAGAUAGUUCAAUGAGAUCAAUAUCACUGACGUCAUCAAUGGAAUCGGUGGCACGAUUGCCAAAAACUACGAAGCCCAGAUUCACAACGACCAAAGUCGAUGAAUCACAACUGGGCGCGUCUGUCUUGAAGGAAGUUUAAAUGAAACCAGACAAUAAAAAUUCACGCUAAAUUUCUUUUUCGUUACUAAUAUAUUUUAUUCAACGUCCUUUUUUCUGUUUUCUUGAAGCUAAAUGAUAUUUACAACUUGAAAUGUUACCAUUGUAUUAAUUCGAAAGUAUUAUUCGCUGUUGAAAAUAAAUCGUUAAUGUGCACCACUUUUAAGAAAAAAUAACACACAAA